GCUUACUACGGGCGGAAAUGUGAAGGAAAGCGCACCGGAAGAAGAGAGCUGCGGGGGCAAUAUCGCGGGACUUCAGUCUCGACGUAGUUUUGGACCCGGACUUGAAGCAUGAUUCGUGAGGCUGGAAUGGGUGACAGCGUCAUCACGGCAUUUUAGUGACCAUGGAUUCUUGUGAUACACCAGAAUCGACUCCUAGACAACGUGCAUCCUCAAGGCUUAAAGAUUACUUUAUAGGUGCCACCCCUCUGCAGAAACGGUUAGAAUCGGUCAGGAGGCAAACCUCUUUUGUCCCAACUCCACCUCGAAGGAAAAUUCCCCAGUGUUCACAAUUGCAGGACGAUGUUGAUCCUCAAAAGGUUGCAUUCCUUCUGCAUAAACAGUGGACUUUAUAUAGUUUAACUCCCCUAUAUAAAUUCUCCUAUACUAAUCUCAAAGAGUAUUCUAAACUUCUGGGUGCAUUUAUUGCUGCUGAAAAGCAGAAAGGACUUGCUGUAGAAGUGGGAGAAGACUUCAACAUCAAAGUGAUUUUCUCUGCUCUCCUAGGAAUGAAAGGAACACAAAGAGACCCUGAAGCAUUUCUUGUCCAGAUUCUGUCAAAAUCUCAAUUGCCGUCUGAGAAUAGAGAAGGUAAAGUGUUGUGGACUGGUUGGUUCUGCUGUAUAUUUGGAGACAGUCUUCUGGAGACUGUUUCAGAAGAUUUCACCUGUCUACCCUUAUUUCUUGCAAAUGGAGCAGAGACUAAUACAGCCAUGAUUGGAACCUGGUUUCAGAAAACUUUUGACUGUUAUUUCAGUCCCUUAGCAAUCAGUGCAUAUAAUCUUUCCUGGAUGGCUGCUAUGUGGACUGCAUGCAAAAUGGACCAUUAUAUGGCUACUACUGAAUUUCUUUGGUCUGUACCCUGUAGCCCUCAACGUCUGGACAUUUCUUAUGCCAUACAUCCAGAGGAUGCAAAAGCUUUGUGGGACAGUGUCCACAAAACACCUGGGGAAGUUACCCAGGAGGAAGUUGACUUGUUCAUGGACUGCCUUUAUUCACAUUUCCAUAGGCAUUUCAAAAUUCAUUUAUCAGCCACAAGAUUGGUUCGUGUUUCAACAUCUGUAGCUUCAGCACAUACUGAUGGAAAAAUAAAGAUUCUGUGUCAUAAAUAUCUUAUUGGAGUGUUGGCAUAUUUGACAGAACUGGCAAUUUUUCAAAUUGAGUGAGGCCUUGUGGGGACGAUAAGUUAUGGAUUAUAUACCUUUUUCUCACUGAUUAUUUGCCUGAUUCCUGUACUGAGAGGGACUGCAGGAGAAAUGAGCAUCUAUCUCUACAUCUGUUUUCCUCACAGUGCCUUUAGAGUUGCCCAGAUGAAGCCACGAAGGAUCUCGAAGAACGAAGAAGGUGGUAGUGGAGGACCCACAGCCAGGUGGUCAUGUAAUAGUCAUGAUCUGGGAUGCCAGUCUCUAGAAAAGGCCAACUUGUUAAUUUUUGAGCCAUCUUUCUAUAAAAUAUAUAAUGUUUAUUAUGUCAAACUUUUAGGGUUCAAAUGAGAUUAAUAUUGAGUAGUUCUGAUUUGGGUCUUUAAAACUUUUAAUCCCUUUGAAGCAUUUUAGACUUGCAUUCAGAGAGAAUUUCUCUCUUCUAAAGAUGUAUUCCUAGCAUCAUUUUGCUGUGUAGAACUGGCAGAGUCCUCUCUGAAGGAAACUAAAGACUAAUAUACGUUUUUAAGCCACUAAUAUGCUUCUGUUUUUAUUACUGUUCAAUUCUUAUUGCAAUGUUGAAUUAAAUAUUUGCUUUUAAAGUGAAGCAGUGUGUUUAUCAGUGUCUUGGUGGUAGAUCUUUAGUUAGUGUCUCAGGAAUGGGAAGUCCUAUGCUUUUUCUCUAGCACAGAAGUUACAAACCAAAAAUUAUAUAGAAUCAUACAAAUUGUAGAGUUGAAAGGCACCUGUGAGCCUCUUUUGAGGGCAGAAAUUAUCUUGUUUAACUUUCAAGUCCCUAAUUUUGCUUUAGUACAGUGAUUGGUAAGUAUCUGUAGGUUAAGUGAAUGAAUUUUAACCAACUCUUCCAUUUUACAGAUGAAAACUAUGAGAUCGAGUAAUUUAAGAGACUUGCCCAAGAUGUUGUAUCUAAAUCUCUUUUUACUUACUGAGCAUAGGAAGAUUUUGUUUUACUUUGGAAAUAAUGUUCUUUUAAAAUCUUGUUUGAAAGAAAGUAACUUUAAUAGGCCGUCAUUCUAAAAACAAAGAUUAACUUUUGAAAUGAGGUAUUAUUUCACAUAUACUAGGAACAGAAGAGGUAGUAGAAAAAGCAGGGUGUUGGGAGUCAGACAUUCAUUCAUUCAAGUAAUAUUAAGCUCCUACUGUGCACUUAGAAUUGUAUUGUAAUAGGCAUACAGAGUGAAGACAAAAAAGAUCUCUGUCCUGUGGAAGUUGUGUUCUAGUGGAGGAAGGCAACAGAUAAUUUCAGAUGGAGAUAAAUGCUAUAAAGAAAAUAAGGCAGUACAAUAUGAAAAAGGGUGACUAGGAUGGGGCCUGCUUUACACCCAGUUGGCAAAGAAGGUCUCUCUGAGGAAGUGACAUUUGAGCUGAGUACUGAAUGAUGAGAGAGAACUGGCCAUGUGAAGAUCUGAGGAAGGCUGUGCUAGGUGGGUGAAACUGCAAGAGCAAAGGCCUGGAGAUAGAUAAGAGCUUGGCUUAUUUGAGGAACAAAGGAAGUCUGUGUGGCUGGAGCAUAGUGAGUAAGGGUGGAGUAAUAUGAGAUGAAACGAAGAAAUUGUGCAGCAGAGACUUCUUCCAUGGUGUUAGGUCUCCCAGUUUUUGACUGGGCAUGUAGCUGUCCAGAAUCAAGGCAUUUUCCAGCCUUCCUGAUAGGUAGGUAUAGUCAUAUGGUAAGUUCUGACCUAUGGCAUGUAAAAUGCAAGUGUUAUGUAGAGUCUCCAGGAAUCUUCCUUCUAAGAUAGCAGGCAUGUACCCCUUGCCCUUUUCUUAUUCUUCUUCCACCUUUGCUGCUUGGAACAAAUAUAAUGACUGGUACUCUAGCUUCUGUUUGAGGUCACAGGGAUGAGGGUCAGAUUCUAGGGAUGAUGGACCAUGGCAUGGAAGGAGUCUGUGCCCUGCGGACUUCUUGAAGCUGAACUCCAGUGCCAGCUUUGGGUGGUCUUCCUCCAGACUUAUGUCAGAGAAGUAAACGUCUAUCUUAUUUAAUGUCUUGUUAUUUUGAAUCUUUUACUCGUAGCCAAACCUAAUCCUAACUGAUACAGAGAGGUAGGAUCCAUAUCAUCUAAGUUUUUAUAGGUACUGUGAAUAAACUGGAUUUUAUUUUAAAUACAAUGGGAAGCCACUGAAGUUUUCAGGAGAGUAAUAUGACCCAAUUUAUAUUUUAUAAGAUUUUAUAAGAUAUGAGAGAAAAUGAUUUGUAGGUAGACAAGAGUGGAAGAAGGAAAACAGUUAAAAAGGUUGUCAGAAGUGUGUGUAUUUUCUACAUUUUCAAAAAAUAGUGGAAGGAUAAACUGAAAAUGAAUAAAAGUGGUUACUGAUAGGGGAAGGGAAGGAACUGGGUAGAGGGGACAGCAAUGAAAGUUAAGACUUAUUUGAAUGUUUCUUGUUUAUAGUUUGGAAUCAUGUAAGUGUUUUAUAUAAUUACGAAACAAAAUUAGAUCAAAAAGAGAAAAACAAAGCAAUCCUUAAAAACUGAAAACAAAUCAACAUAACUAUAUUAAGUACAUGCCAUAAUCACACAAAGAAUUAUUUUUAGUAUCUUUAAAUUUUAGUAUUUUGACUGUACAUUGUCAAUGGGCUAUAUCCUAGCAGGAAAGGAAUCUUAAAUUGCAUUCAGUUAUCUUGUUAUUAGUAAUAUUGGUAUUGUUAUUUUACCACUAUUUAUAGUUAAGAUAAAACAUACGUAAUUAUAACAAUGUUAGGAACCAAGAUUUUCACUGUAAGAGAAAAGAUAUAGGAUUAUAAAAUCUAGUUAGCUAAGUAGAAAAUCUGUAAUGUUAAAUUUGAAUUGGAAAUAUCAGAAUGAACUCAUUUAUUUUUAAAAUGUAAAAGUUUUUGAUUUUGAUGAAGUCCAAUUUAUCACUUCUUUUCUUUUGUUUCUUGUGCUUUUGGUGUUGUAUCUAAGAAAUCAUUGCUUAACCUGAGGGGCCAAAGAUUUACUUCAAUGUUUUCUUCUAAGAAUUUUAUAAUUUUAGCCCUUAAAUUUAAGUCUGUAAUCCAUUUUGAGUUAAUUUUUAUGUAUAGUGUGAGGUAAGCAUCCAAAUUCAUCAUUUUGCCUAUGAAUAUUCAUUUGUUCCAGCACCAUUUAUUGAAAAGACUUUUAUUUCCCCAUUGAAUUGUCUGUCCCUUUCUUAAAAAUCAA